AUGUUCAUCGACAACUGCGGUGCCCACGGGAACAUAACCAACCUGAAGGCAAUUUACCUAGAGUUUUUGCCGCCAAAUACAACCAGUGUGUUGCAGCCUAUAGACCAGGGCGUGAUUACAAACUUGAAGGUUCACUAUCAAUUGCGCCUUUUCAAUCGCCUGCUCUUGUGUGUGGACUGCGGCAAGAACUACGUUGUGGAUGUGCUGUCGGCCAUCGGCAUCCUGUCUGAUGCCUGGAAGGCAGUGACGGUGGACACAAUCUGCAACUGCUUUCACCAUGCAGGAUUUGUCCUUGAUGAUGAGGACACCGCCACAGGCCACGACCCCGCGGCUGAGCUGUCGCCUGACACGAACAUUAUCGACGACCUCCAUGCCAGUGGGGUCGAUAUCCCCGCUGUUACGUUUGAACAGUUUGCUAACUUGGACAGUGCCGUCCUGCCCUGUGCCGAGUUAGAUGAUGAGGAGAUCGUCCGUCAGGUUCUGGAGCCGCCGCAAGUGGACAGCGACUCCGAUGACGACGCACCGCCCACACCACAGCCAUCGAGUGCAGACUUGGCGCAGGCCUUGAUGACGCUCUUCUCUGUCUAUAGCGAUAGCCUGACACUGUCAGAAAUACAGGCUGACCUAUCGCGCGAGUGA